CUCGUGACAUGCGACAGUCACGGUCGUUCUCCCUAGCUCAGAUGUAAAUUGCUCUUGCUUAUUCCCCUUGUUCUCGCGUACGAGACAGCAGAGAAUCGCAUCGAUAUUGGGUACGCUGCCGCAGUUGAGAAUUACGCGUCGAAUACUCUUUGCGCCGGCGACGCGCUCAGAGUCUAGGGCGCCUGGACAAUUUCCUCGAGGUGGCCUCCUUGCCACCCAUUUUCGGUUUCUUGUCCUACGAUCGGCGAAGACGCAAAAAGGAACCCAAAUUAAACAAACACAUACCGAACGGGGAAUCCUACCCUGCACGUAUAAAAAGUCUCCCAUUCUCUUUUCUCUACCACCACCACUACUCCGCCACAUUCUUGCACACGACAAUGGAGAACGACUACGCCUACGACUACGACGAGGAACAGACACAGCAGGCUACUCAGUCGACUCAACAGCCUUCGCAGGCGAAUCCUGUAGAUAGCAACCUAUGGGGCAUCCUCCAACCCUGCAACGCCAACAACACUCGCAUAGAUUUCCCCAAGACCGUUCCCACCGUUCACAUUGGACGUAGUCCAACGAGUACCUUUGUUCUUCCGGGUGUCAAAGUCAGCAAUCACCACUGUGACAUAGUAUGGGAUGGUGUCAGCAACAACGAGACUGCUACUGUUACCGUCGUGGACAAAUCGACCAAUGGUACAUUUAUAAAGGGUUCCAAGAUUGGGAGAGGACGCCAGCGUCUACUUCAUGAUGGGAAUGAAAUCGCGUUUGGUAUGGUCAUGCCACAAGGUCCAGGCAGUAAAGAUGACUUUCGCUACAUAUUCCGUAUGGUUGCUGGUGGAAACAAGCUUGAGGGUGUCCAUGUCGACUACGAAAUUUCCCACGAACUUGGCAAAGGUGCCUUUGCCACUGUCGUCAAAGCAAUGUCACGUACAACCGGAGAAUGGGUUGCCAUCAAGAUGAUCCGCGAGAAACGCCCACAAGGAUCAACAUCUGUAACGAAGCAAACUCAGUUCAAUAGAGAGAUCAAUAUCAUGACCGCUCUUUCGCACCCCAACAUUUGCGAGAUGAAAAGCGUCUAUUAUCACCAGGAUGGAUCAACCAAUCUCGUGCUUGAGCUUGUCGAAGGCGGUGAUCUCCUUGACUACAUCACUUCACGCGACGGUUUGUCGGAAGACUUAGCUCGCCAUAUCACUUGGCAGUUGUGCGAUGCGCUCGCUUACGUCCAUAGUCUUGGUGUCACUCAUCGCGAUCUUAAGCCGGAAAACGUUCUACUGACCAAACAUGAUCCUCCAAUUGUCAAAGUAGCAGAUUUCGGUCUUGCUAAGGUCGUUGACAGUCUUACGAUGCUUCGCACGAUGUGUGGUACUCCCAGCUACCUCGCUCCGGAGGUAGUCAGGCAAGAAAACCAUCAAGGCUACGAUAAUCUCGUGGACAGCUGGAGUGUUGGGGUCAUCGUGUAUUCGAUGCUGACGAGCACCGCUCCUUUUAUCGAGGAUGAGAAUCAGCCCGACAUCCGAACGCGCAUUGCCGAACGAUGGAUCCAUUGGGAGCCUUUGAAGAUGUUUAGUCUUGAAGCUCGACACUUUAUUCAGGCGCUGCUCGAAACUGAUCCCACGAAACGUAUGACCAUGCACGACUCCCACAAGCAUCCUUGGUUUGCCGCUUACACGCCGGUUUAUGACCUCAUGUACAAGAAUUUCGCCUCUAUGGACCAAGACCCCUCUUCCACUCCAGCAAACAAUGAAUCCACGAGCGAGCCACCCAUGCCGCCCGAUGUUUCGAUGAAAUCCAGUACUGACGCCAAUGGAGAGGCGAUUGUCAGCAGCCAGAUGGACAUCCUCCAACUUGAUGCGCCUACUCCUCCCAUCACCAAGAAUGGCAUCCCCCGACAGAGCUCGCGCCUCGAACGAAGGAGCGAUGUCUUGCUGCGCGCCGAGGAGGAGGGGAGAGAACUUUUGCAACCGUCUCAGGAGAUGAUAUCACACGAGGAAAAGCAGAGGGAAUUGCAGGAGAGCGAGCCUGUACAAAGCGACACCCUUGACGGGAGGUCGAGAAAAAAGCGACCCUUCUCAGAACUGGAGACGGUGGAUGAAGUGAAUGAGGUUCAGGAAGAGGGAGAGCCAAUGGAUAUCGCUUCUCCGAGGAAGAGGAGGAGCGAAGAGGGGGAGGAGGAAGCGCCUCUUCCUGCGAAGAGCGAGAAGGGAAAGGCGCCGGUCUCGCGUAAGAAGGCGCAGCAGCAGGCGCCGAGCGAGACGCCCCGACCAACGAGACGAUCUGCGAGGGUUGCGAAACCCAAACAGGCGUAGACUUCUCUUCAGGAUUUCUUUUUCUUGGUGUUUUUCUCUCGGCUCAUCCGGUUAUGCCAUCCUGCAUUCAAGUUUUCUUAGAUCUCUUACUAUUUCAAUCAUCUCCAGUACCCUACUCGUGCAUCAUUCAUUCUAUACCAAAUCAGUCUUGUGUACAUUGGGCUAUCUAAAUCAGCCGCUGUUGUGUUCUAGUAUAUAAUUUCUGCUUGGUGACGUCAUGCGUCUUUUAAGUAUUGCCUUUUUUUCUGCACAGAAUCUGAGCCAGCAGUCGCGAUGGCUCUAUCUUAUCCGCAUCUUUCCCAGUGUUAUCUGACACAAAUUAUCCGUUUCUGCGCAGAUGACAUGCAUGAGGUUCCUCGAUCAAGUUGUUCAAACCUUCCUGGGCCCAUCUGAAUGGAAUCGAUGAUUUCCCUGACCCUCUA